AUGGCUUUGCUGCGGCUGCUCGUGCUGCUGGCCCUGGCCGGGCCCGUGGGGGGCACCUGGGACACCUGCAGAGGGACCUGCGGGCUCCGGCCCUUGGCCUUCGACCACAGCUCCGCGUCUGACAACUACGACCACUCCGACGGUGACUACGCAACCUUGGGCUCUUCUGAUGUCACCUCCCUCCACACGGACAGCCCCGGUGUCCCCUCGGGGACCUGGCCCGGCAUCGCCAGCGUCCAGGCCACCCUGGAGAACGGCACGUGGCACAUGUGCUCGGGGGCACUCAUCCACCCCCGCUGGGUGCUCACGGUGGCCCAGUGCUUCACCAGGGCCGGGGACAUGUCCGUUUACAAGGUGGUCAUGGGGACCCCGGACGUGGCCCAGCCGGGCCCCGAGGCUGCCGUGAGACGCAUCCGGAGGCUCCUGAAGCACCAGAACUACGUGGCUGCCACGGCCACGAACAACAUCGCCCUGCUGGAGCUGGACCAGCCCGUGGCGUGCAGCGACUACAUCCAGCUGGGCUGCGUGCCCGACGGCUCCCUGGCGGUGCCCGAGCUGAAAACCUGCUACAUCGCGGGCUGGAGAGCCACCCCGGACAGCGCCCCCAGCCCUCGCCUGGUGCUGCAGGAGGCCAAGGUGCGGCUCAUCGACGUCCAGCUGUGCAACAGCAGCCGCUGGUACGGGGGGGCCGUGCACCCCCAGGACCUGUGCGCGGGGUACCCGCGGGGCGGCAUCGACACCUGCCAGGGGGACAUCGGGGGCCCCCUGGUCUGCAAGGACCGCGUCGGUGACUACUUCUGGCUGGUGGGCCUGGCCAGCUGGGGCAAGGGCUGUGUUGGAGAGAAGCGCCCCGGGGUGUUCACCGCCACCCAGCACUUCCGCGCGUGGAUCCAAGUCCAGAUGGGAAAGGCCCAAGCAGACGCAACCCCCACAGCGACAGAGCCAGCCCCGAGCCCAGCCCCGACCCCGGUGAUGUCCCCGACCCCGUCCCUGACCCUGACUGUCAUCGAGGCGCCCACACAGCCGGAAUCGGAGACCUUCCUAACGGUGUCAUUCCCAAAAACCGUCCUGCUGUCCGUCUUCGGGAGUCUGCAGAAGUUCCUGGAGCUCCUAAAGGAAAAACUGCGCUGA